ACGACCAGCAUUUCAACAAGAUGUCGAGUUCUGCGGUUUCUCUGUACCUUGACCCCCAAAUUCGUGACUGGGUGCUGUUCCCAAUCACCGUGGUCAUGAUUUUGGUGGGCAUCCUGCGGCACUAUGUUGUCUUGCUUCUCCAGUCGCAUCCGAAAAAGCUCCCGCGAGCAGCGAUUCGUGAGCAGCGGGCCUUGAUGCGCUCGCAGAUUCUGCGCUCAUCAUCUGCUAAUUCCCCAAUACCUCCAACGUACUAUGAAGCCAUUUCGCGACAUCUGUCACAAGCAUUUCUGGAUGGAAUAUAUUUGAAGGACGGCCCGCCUCAGGGCGACACGCCAUCGGCACCUCCCAAUCCCCUCACCGACCCCGGCCAGAUGGACGGGAUGAUGGCGGGCAUGAAGACUCAGAUGGUGAUGAUGGUUCCACAAAUGAUUAUUAUGGGCUGGAUCAAUUUCUUCUUCCAAGGAUUCGUGCUAAUAAAAUUGCCAUUCCCCUUGACCCUUGGGUUCAAGUCGAUGCUUCAGCGAGGGAUCGAAACUCCAGAUAUGGACGUUCGCUGGGUUUCGUCUCUCUCGUGGUAUUUCCUCAACUUCUUCGGCCUGAAUGGCCUUUACCGACUGAUUCUUGGAAAUGACAAUUCUGCCGACUCCUCGCGAGAUAUGACGACACCAUUUGCUGCCGCCGUCACAGCCCCUCAAGGCCCACAAGCCCAGGAUUACAACAAGUUGUUCAAGGCGGAGCGCGACAACCUCGAGUUUGCGGAAGGCUUGUACUCUUGGGUCGGCAAAGAUGUAGAAAGCACCAUUCUGAAGAAGUACGGCCGUUUACCUGCCGAUUACGCGAAUAUCUAAAUUUUAUACCGACGUCUACCCGAUGUAUGGAGAUGAGCUCUUCCGCAGAUAUGACCCAUAGUACAGAUACAAUGUUGUCUACGUAACAAAGCGAGAAUACAGUUUAUUAUUACAGUUCGAUUAUCACCAUUGUCCAGACAGCAGGUUUGUAGCAGGCCAUGAAGGCCAAAAAUGUGAUGCAAUACGGGGUUCUAAUUGCGCUUGACAUGAAGGCUGAGUAACAAGUGUGGUGCAGGUGUCCUUCAGUUGUCGGAGGCUAGUCUGCCGCGGUGUAAGUUGCACUGAAAAACGCUAUACCAGACCAUCAUAUAAUGAUAGGGC